AUGCCACUUCUAAAACACACAGACGGCAUGAACGUCGUCCCGAUCUAUGUCGAUGGAAAGACGUUACCCAUCGAUCCAACUCGGCUGAUAACAGUGCGGUCUGCGCACGAGCAGCGAGACAUCCACUACGCCCAAGGGGCGACAGCAGAGAUCGCUCGUGACGCUGCAGCCGUAGCAUACCGGACAUUCAAAGACUGGAGGAACACGACAUACCAUUUCCGUCGAGAUCUGCUGCUGCGCGUCGCACAGAACAUCGAGACUCGCUCGGACAACUUCAUCGCUCUACAACGCCAGGAGACAUCCUGUGCGGAGUCCUGGGCCCGUUUCAAUGUCGGGCUCGCUUGUCGAGCAAUACGCGAGAUCGCAUCGCAGAUAUCGGCCGAGUGUACUGGUGAACUACCGCCGGGUGAAAAUAAUGCUUCAUUCUGUAUGGUUUUCAAAGAGGCUGUAGGUCCAGUAUUGGCCAUUGCGCCGUGGAACGCAAGUAUGGUGUUGGCGACCAGAGCCCUCGCGGCGCCAAUUGGAGCGGGUUGCACGGUGGUGUUCAAAGCUUCAGAGCUCUCUCCAGGGGUUCACCACGCUCUGCUGGAAGCUUUUGUCGAAGCGGGUCUGCCAAAUGGUGUGCUCAAUCAACUCCAAGCUCGACGAGAGGACUCCUCUGCAGUGACGGAGGCGCUGAUAGCAGAUCCCGCUAUUCGAAAGGUAGAAUUUACUGGGAGUGCGACCGUUGGGGCGAUAAUCGGACAGCUGGCUUCGAAGUACCUCAAACCUGUGCUCAUGGAGCUGGGCGGCAAGGCUCCAGCAAUAGUAUUGAAAGAUGCGGAUCUUGAACGAGCAGCACAGCUAUGUGCCAUCGGUGCCUUUCUCCACCACGGACAGAUAUGCAUGUCGACUGAGCGAAUAAUCGUGGUUCGAGAGGUCGCCGAUGAAUUUUCGGUCGCACUGAAAAAAGCGGUAGAGCGUCAGCACGCUGAAGGUGCAGGAUCCGCAGUAUCAAUAGGGGUCGCCAAACGUGCCCACUCACUGGUGGGCGAGGCUAUGAAGAAUGGAGCGACAUUCGUAGCUGGUAGCAACCAGUGGAAUGGAAGCACCGAUGCCUCUCUUGAACCCACAGUCAUUACUGGUGUGACUUCGAAAGAUACCAUAUACAACGAGGAGACGUUUGGUCCAUCAGCAACUCUUUAUGUUGUGGAAAAUGAAGACGAAGCUGUCAAAUUAGCAAACGAUACCGCAUAUGGCCUGAAUGCUGCGGUGCAUAGCAAGGACAUGUUUGCAGCUCUCAGAGUGGCAAGACAAUUGGAAUGUGGUCAAGUUCAUAUCGGUACACUUACGGAGUAUGAUGAAGCGGCAGCACCCAUCGGUGGUGUGAAAGGAAGUGGUUGGGGACGAAAUAAUGGGAAGUAUGCUUUGAGGGAAUUUUUGGUGACCAAAACGAUAUCGUUCCAUGAUCCAGCCGCUCAAGCAGGGUUUGGUGUUCAUUGA